ACCACCUGGUGAUAGAUUUUCGUAAACUGUCGAGUUGUGAAUGAAGAAUGAGAGAAGAAUCUCUGAAAUUUCGAGAGAUAAGUUUGAACUAACCUAGAGAAAAAAACCAGCUUCGAGAUUCCAUCAUACAAAGAUGAAUAUAAAUAUUAAGAAUUCGUUGAUGAUGGGCAGGAGGAUUCGAAUCGAAGAGAGUGGAUUGCUAGCAGAAAAAAAGCAAGACCGUUGUUCAGAGGAGAGUACACCAAAGCGUCAAAAAGCCCCGCAGACGGUGUCUCAAGAGUCCCAGACCCAGGAAGCCCGUUCCUCGCCGAUCCUCCUGACCCAGGACACGAACAACGAGGUGGCAUGGGACUGGCAGAGUCCCCAGACAAAAACAAAACAAAAAUCGAGGCCAGAGUCUUCGAGCACCCCAAAACGUACUAGAAUCGUCCACAAGAAGCGAACCUCCAAUUCCCCCUUGGUCUACAAGCCCUUCAAAAAACGAAUAAUAAAAAAAGAGGAUAGCUCGAGCAUCGACAAGUGGAAGAACGAGUUCCUGGCGUUGACAGCUCAGAUCGAGACGAGGGAAUCCCACGAGGCAGAGAACGUUGAGCUGAACGGAAUAUCCGAUGAGAUAAUUUUCGACGACGACGACCUGGAGGACGAUGUGAUAAUAAUAUCAGAUAUCCUGGAGGAUCCGCCAGUUAAUCAGAGUGGUGAGAAGGAUAGGGAGAGCCUGGAGGACCUCUUCAACGACUCCAUCAACGAGGAAACGAUGCUCAGGUGCUCCCAGGAGAUCGAGGCGAAGCUCAACAUCGGUCCACCAAAGGAAGUUCCUCUUGCAGAUGUCAGAAAAUCUCCAGUGUCCACUCCCUCAAGGUUCAAGAAGCACAAGUCAGAGCCCAUUGAUAAAAAUUCGAGGAUUAAUCAAGAAGUUUCACAGGAGUUCAAGGCCUCUGAGCUCUUUGAUCUCUAUGAUAUCGACUUCCCUGAUGAUUCCUUCGAUGAUCUGGUGAAAGCUGCCUGUGCACAGGCGUCUAAAUACGAGGACACGACAGCAGGAAAAUCGGAAAAAGUCGGGAAACUUGGGAAAUUGGAGAAAUCAGAGGCAAGAGGUGGUAAUUUUAAUUCGAGAGCAGAGACUGAUACCAGGGGACUGGGGAGGGGCUUCCAGGGGAGGGCCCCAGUCCAGGGUACAUCAGAUGGAAUUCAGAGGUCCAGUCAAAUGCCUUACGGAAGUGAUCGGAGAUUUUUCAAGUCUAGAAAUCGUUCAGACUCCAGUUUUGAUACAUCUAGUAGAUUAAGUUCGAUGGCUAGUUGUUCGGGGAUUGGGGUGGGGUCUAGAGGCGGUAAGACAAGCUCAUCCGUAAGUACUCUGACGGAUUUGAGAAGGACUCAGUCUGCUAUUGCUCGACCAAAUUAUUUCAAGGAAAACAGUAACUGUGGAAUUAACAAUUUUGACAGAUUAAGGGUAGGAGACGAUGGUAGCAAUGUUGUGGCGAGUGGAUCUGCUAGGAGUCAGACUCUCUGUACACCUGAGGAGAUCGAGAGGAAGAGGAUUGAGGCGAAGAUGAAGCUAGAAGCCAAGAGGAGAAUGCAGAGGAGUCAGAAUUCGGUGAAAAGGUGAGGGAAAUGGCUCCUCAGGAUUUUUACUUUGGUCUUUGGUACGCGAUUCGUCUGGAAUAUGACGUGAGGAUCGAGGAGUGACUGGAGUUGUGGUGGAAGUCUCUGAUGAGACGGUGACAAGUGUCAGCCGGUGGAAAAUUUUGUACUAAUUUGUUUAAGGUGUAGUUGUAAAAUAUUGUUUUAUAUUGGAAAAGAAUAUAUGAUUUUUUGAUCA